AUGCCGUCUAUUUCAUCCGUCGAAGCCGUCUUGUCUGCUGCCGAGAAGGAUAGCUCCAAGCUUCUUGGCCUGGCAUUCGGCGAGCAACGCAUCACGACGCCCGGCCAAUACCUUCCUAGAAGUGAUGCACAAAAAGAGCCCCAGAUUUCCUUCAACGUAUCAUCUGGCACCUAUAUUGUCAUCAGUCUGGACCUCGAUGCUCCAUUUCCAUCACUCGGCUUCCUAGGACCCAUCCUACACUGGAUUCAUCCAGGAUUUAAGCCAUCGGCGAAUACCACUGUCACGGGCGAGACCAUCUUGACAACAUCUGCCCCUUUCGUUGCGAACUACAUCGGCCCUGCGCCUCCACCAGGCAGCUCGCCGCACCGGUAUGUUUUCUUGCUGUACGAGCAACCGGACGGCUUCAAUGUCGAGAAGUAUGCUCCAAAGAAUGGAAAGCCCGUUGGUAACUGGCAGAGGAUAAGGUAUGAUCUUGAUGCAUUCGCGAAGGAAGUGAACCUGGGACCAGUUUUGGCGGCGAACUAUUUCCGCAGCAACUGA